CGCAGAAUGAGGCGUUACACGAUAAAAUGGGCGGGCGCCCGACGUGGUCUUCAGCUGGGAAAGGGGAGAUGGGUAGGAAGGUCAGACUUUCGCCAUCUACAUACAUAGGUACUCACUUGCGCGUCCGUGGCGCAUUGAAUUCAUCAAGUUUCUACCUAAGCAUAUUUACUGUAUUUCGGAGCUGCGCACUUCCAAGCUUUUGCCAAUGUCCCAACAAGCGAUCCUAUCCGAGAUGAAUGCCGCCCUUGCCGAGGCGGUCUACGAUCCUCGCUGCCCAAUAUACGCUUCUUUCUUCGGGGCGCUGGGCUGCGCCGCGUCGAUAGUCUUCACAGUUCUGGGCGCAUCCUACGGGACCGCCAAAUCAGCCGGGGCUAUAUUCUCCUCGGGCGUCAUCCGCCCAGAACGGCUCAUGCAAAACACGCUCUGCGCAAUCAUGGCCCAGAUUCUAUCUAUCUACGGGCUCGUAGCCAGUGUCAUCAUCUCGGGCGAUCUAGUAGAGAAGAUGCCCCUACACCAGGGCUUCCUUCAGCUGGGUGCCGGGAUUAGUGUCGGGCUCAGUGGCCUCGCAGCCGGCUUCGCCAUCGGAAUCGUAGGAGACGCCGGAGUGAGAGCUAGCAGUCAGCAGCCGCGCCUUUACAUCGGCAUGGUCCUGAUCCUCAUUUUUGCCGAAGUCCUCGGCCUCUACGGCGUUAUCAUCGGGAUUUUGAUGCUCUCUAAGUCUAAGGAGAACGUUACUCAGUGUCUAUAUUGAUAUAAGUAAUUCAUUCAAUAUCCGAGAGGAAACCCGUGGAGUGAGAGUGAUACUAUAGCAGGUUCGAAUAUAACAUGAUGGUGCUCACGGAGUUGGGGUUUUAGAGAUUACAUACCUCUACUAGACCAUAAAUCAGAUAUUGUCGUACCUGCUCGUCAAACAUACAUAAGCUGUAUUGUUGCUAAUUCGUAGCCCUAGUGCACCACGUGGUCCAUAAUACAAACACAAAGUCUCACGUCACUACGCAGACCCCUUAUUCCGUGGAUAUCCCCAAAUUUGACCUGAUUCUCGUGAUACUUUCGGGCAU